GAAGAGAAUAGAAAGAAACCAGUUUUGGAAAGACUUGGAAAUCUGUUUGGUACAGGGAGAAGGAAAAAUGUCAAAAGUUCACUAGAACACACUUCACAUCAGAAAGGGGAGAGGUCAAUUUCCCCUCACAGAGCACAGCCGAUAUACUGCAGGCACAUAAAGGAAGGACACGAAGCUCCUCAGGUGCAGAAUCAAGUGAGGAACAUCAGUGCUGUUUCUGAGGCACAGGACUACAAUUUCAGUGGGGAAAGAGGACAGCUGUAUCGUGACACCAUUUCAGAAUGGAGUAGUAGGGGAGUCUCUUCAGACAGCGAGUGGUCAGCAGAUUGGAGCGGCAGCAGUGAAACCAUUAAGAAUUCUUUCUUUGAAAGCAGCCUGAAUGCAGAAACCCUGGAACUGGAGAAAGAAUCCAUCACAGAUAUAAAUAAUUCCACAACUCCAGAUUUCAUAAAAAGCUUGAGAAAUUUGUCUAGCGAAGACGUAGAAAAGAGUAUCCUAAGCCACAAGCAGCUUGUAAGCACGUGGGUGUCUGAGGAGCCUGGGCAUGCAAAACCAAAGGAUUUGCCAUACCAGUUGGAAUCUGCAGCGUGUGAGCACACACAUUCUGCUAGAGUGUUAACAGUUGAUAUCUAUCUAAGAAAAACAGACAAUCUCCUUAAUGAAUCUGUGACUGCUACAUCAGAAGACAAUUGUAGUGACUCGGACGCAAUGGAUAAAAAAUCUGCUAAUAAAAGAUCUGGGAAAAGGAGAAAAUCUCAGUCGUCUGGUGACAUUCCAAAUGGAGAGAGAAACCAGACUGAGACUACUGCAAGAGAAGAAUCGGGUUUUGAGGAUGAUGCCUCUUCUGAGGUGUUUUCAGACAAGAUAAUAAGUUCUGAAAGAAAAACAAAGCCUCCUCAACAGACUCCUGAAAGGAAUUCCUCUUCCUCAGGUAAUAAUCAAGAUGUGAAAGUUGCAUCAGCUCACAAAGGAGCAUCUAAAACUGAAGCUGACAGAAGCAAGCAGCAAAACUCAAACACAACCCCUGCAAGAAGAAGAUCAUAUAAAAAGAAUCAAUCAGAUGCUGUCCCCAUUUCCCCUACUGGUCUGAAGGGUCAGGUGAAAGAUUACUCCUCAAAAAGGCAACCUUUAGCAUCACCAGAGAGUAACCCAAUGACAAAAAGAACUUCAGUGGAAAGGGGAACAAUACCUGUGGCUUUUGGGGAAGACAGCUUGGAGUCUCCCAAAGCUUCCUUGGCUGCUAAGACAGAAGACACUGCCUUGGUAUUUGCUGAAGGCAGAAAUGACACUAAAGCAGCAAAGCAUGGUAAUGGUUCAGAUGGAAGAGCUUUCUUGCGUACUGAUGGGAUUAAAAAUGGAGACCUGUGCAUGUCAGCUGAGAGACAAACAAGUUCUGAGUUAGACAGUGUGAAACUGAAGAGUUUGGAUGCUUCCAGAACAGUCACAACAAAGAUUAGCCUUGGAAGGGCUACAAAGAACCUGGGCAGAUGUCUUCAAAACUUGUUGGAAAAUCCAGCCAAACCGAAGAACAUAGAGCUGAAUUUUAAAGCAUCUACAAAUCAAGAAAAUUUAGAAAGUGAGCAGGAUACUCUUGAAAAACCAGUUAAUAAAACCAACAACAACAUUGCCAACAAAAUUUCCUUGUUUGAGAAUAAAUGUGCUAACCAAAGCCAGAGGCCUGGUGACAUCCCUGCUUCAAAAACUAGCAUUGUACCGAACACAUUUGUUGGUCGAGCAAAGCUGAAGUUUGGAAAACAGCCUAAGGAGAGUGAGCAGCCUGAUAAAACCUUAACUAAGCAAAACAGUCGCCAGAAGCUAUUUGAGAAUGGCACAGCAGAGAAAGAAAGCGCUGUAGAAUUAAAAGGCAGACAUGAAGACAGCUCUGCCUCCUAUGAAGAUAUUGGGAAGACAACAGAACUUAAAGUGAAAGCUGCAAUAUCCCUUUUUAACCAAAACAGCAAAACUGAUGCUGGUAGUGUUUCUCUGAAGCAGCUUGAUCAAGAGUUAAUCACAGCCAAAAAAGAAAGCUCACCUUUUAAACCAUCUUUGCACUUGCCCAGUAAAAGUGAAAACACUCAGGAUAGUUCCUACCAAAGAAAUAACACAAGCCCAGAGCUCCACAACAAUGAGGAAAGGAUGCUGCCAAACACAGAGGUUUUAUUGCCUUCCAGUGAUGAUAAAUACCCUCUACCGUCUCAUCAGGCUUCUAUGUCAGACCUUAAGAAGAUGGAAAAUGGAGAUAAAAAGGCAAAGCCAGGAAAUUUGAGCUUUGCAGCACUGCAGUACGAUGACAGCAGUCCAGACAGCGUAUUGAUAGCAGAGCACAACAUCAAUGCACAGCAGAGCCCAGGCAGAACUUGCAAUGGAUCUGCUGAAGAGGACAGCGUUUUUGACUCCCCAUCUGACAUGAAGAAGUUUGCUGAAACAAUCAAAAACUUGGACAGCUCUGUGUGCUUACCCCAGAAAAAGAAGAGAUCAAAGCUUCCCAAGUCCCCAGCACCCCACUUCGCAAUGCCUCCCAUCCAUGAAGACAACUUGGAGAAAGUAUUUGAUCCUAGUGUGUUUACUUUUGGCUUGGGACUGAGAAGGGAAAAAGCUCAGGAUCUGUUACCAGCCCAACAAAUUAAACUGCAAAGCCUGGAAACGAUAGCCAGAGUCAGGCCCAAGCGUGCAUCGACAGAGCAGAGCAUCAUAUUCAAAGCCCUGCAGUCAUGCACCAGAGAGGAACCUGCCUUUGCUCAGGAAAUGAAUGGGAAAGAGACCUUUGAUGGCACAGAUGGGGAAAUCAAGAGAUCCCGCCUUGAAAAAAGCUCCCUGUUCUCAAGCUUGCUCUCUUCUACAUCUAAAGAAAAGUUUUUUAAUCCCUCUGUCACCUCAGUAAAUAACACCCCAGCAGCUUUUGCAACCGACUCCUCAGGGUUGCCUCCUUUGCAGCAGGAUGCUUCUGGGCCAUUUGGCAUGCCUCAAAAGCCUGAGUCUCUUUCAGAUAUGAAGUUCCCAGGUUUUGUGGAGAAGUACAUGCAAGCAGAUAGUGCCACAAACGAGCUCAGUUUACAGAUGCCCAGCUAUGGGAACCCCGAGAAAAGCUUUUCCAGCUGGUUAGGGACAAGCAGAUAUGAAUCAAAUGUCCCCACUGGUUUAUUAGAUGUGGAUGCACUUUCAAGAAAUGGACAAAGUAAAAUCAAUCCCAGGCCUGGCAAGCUGGUGAUAUACUGUGAAUCAGACUGCCAAAAAAAUGGUAUUGAAGUUUUCCAUGAUGUUCUGGAUUGCAGUUCUUGGGUUCUGUCACCAACAAUUUUAGUCAAAGUCAUCAGAGGAUGCUGGAUACUCUAUGAGAAACCAAAUUUUGAAGGCCCCUCUAUUCCCCUGGAAGAAGGAGAGCUGGAGCUCCCAGAUAUUUGGGGCACAGGUACUUCUGAAGAGGAAAAUGAAUGCAAAUCCCCACAGCCUGCAGUGAUUGGAUCAAUAAGACAUGUUGUUAAGGAUUACAGAGUUUGUCGAAUUGAUUUGUACACAGAAGCGGAAGGGCUGGGAGUUGUGACUUCCUUUUUUGAUGACACUGAGGAAACAGGGGUGUUUGGCACCACUCAGAAGACUUGUUCAAUCAAAGUGCACUGGGGCAUAUGGCUAAUUUAUGAAGAACCUGGUUUCCAGGGGGUCCCUUUAAUGUUGGAGCCUGGUGAAUAUCCUAAUUUGGCAUUCUGGGAGAAGAAGGAAGCCUACAUCAGGUCCAUGAGGCCCUUGAAAAUGGGUGGUCGCAAAGUUGAAUUCAGUGGAGAGCCAAAGGUCAUUGUUUAUGAGAAGCCUUUAUUUGAAGGGAGGCAUGUGGAAAUAGAAUCAGAGAUCCUUAUGCUUGAUGACAAAGAAUCAGAAGAAAAAACAAGACUUCCACUUGCAUCAGUGGGAUCCUUGAAAGUACUAGGAGGAGUUUGGGUUGCUUAUGAGAAGCCUGGGUUUGAAGGCCACCAGUACCUGCUGGAAGAAGGAGCAUAUCAGGACUGGAGAGACUGGGGUGGCUAUGAUGAAAAGCUGCAGUCCCUGCGACCCAUCCUCGGCGAUUUCAGCAGCUCCCACAUGAUAAUGUACAGUGAAAAAGACUUUGGAUCCAAGGGUUCCAACAUCAAUGUAUUAGGAAUCAUCUCCAAUUUGAAAGACACUGGAUACGGGCUGAGGACUCAGUCUAUAAACGUGCUGAGUGGCGUGUGGGUGGCUUAUGAGAAUCCUGAGUUUACAGGAGAGCAGUACAUCCUGUCUAAAGGGCUGUAUCCCAGCAUUGAGGCAUGGGGGGGAAAGAACAGCAAAAUAUCUUCAGUUCAACCUAUCAUUAUGGAUAUUGUUGGAAGCGAGAGGGGUAAAGUCAAGGUCCAGUUAUUUUCAGAGCCUGAAUUCAAGGGCAGCUGCCAAAUAUUUGAAAACAGCACAAGGUGUCUUGAGUCGUUCACUGUGAAGUCUUCAAAAAUUUUGGGUGGCAGCUGCAUAAUGUAUGACCAGGAAGAAUUUUCUGGUAACCAGUAUGUGUUGGAAGAAGGAAUCUAUCCUGAUCUGACAGCGAUGGGAUGUUCGCCCCAAGCAGUGCUAAAAUCUCUGCGGAUUAUAAUCGUUGAGCUGUCUGAGCCAUGCAUAGCUCUUUUUGAGAAGGUGGAUUUCCAAGGAAAGAAAAUGGAAUUCAGCACAGAAAUCUUAAAUCUGCAGUUCCUGGGAUACAGCCCUCAAGUAGCUUCAGUUCAAGUCCUUGGUGGCAUAUGGAUAAUUUAUGAGCACAGCAACUACAGGGGGCGUCAGAUGUUGCUCUCACCACACGAGAUUCCAGACUGGCAUCAAGUGAGUGGCUAUCGUCAGAUAGGAUCUCUCAGACCUCUGCUGCAGAAACGUGUCUACUUCAGGCUUCGGAACAAGGAAACGGGAAAGUUUAUGUCAGCUGAUGGAAACUUGGACAAUCUGAACCUCCUCAGAAUACAGGCUACAGAAGAUACAGACUCAGAUGAUCAGAUCUGGCUUUAUCAGGACGGAUUCAUAAGGAGCCGGCUGGCAGAGGAUUGCUGCUUGACCAUCGUUGGGAACCUCAUCACCCCUGGCUCUAAGCUCGGGCUGUCGUUUGAGCGGAACGAAGACAAACAGUAUUGGCACAUCAGUCCUGAUGGCAGGAUCUACAGCAAGAUGAAACCCAAGCUGGUUUUAGAUAUCAAAGGGGGUGCGCAGUACGAUCGUGACCACGUCGUUGUCAACACAGUCAGCGAAGAGAAGUUAACACAGUGUUGGGAACCCCUGGUUGUAUAA